AUGGCCACUGGCUGGACCAAGCCUUGCCAGGAUCCUCCACCAACACCCGCCACGCUUCCUUAUCAACCACCCGCGACCCUGUCCUCCCUAUCCGCCCACCACGUCACUCGCUUCAAUGCUCCCUUGAGCCAGACCUUCCUCGGCCGCCCAGAGUCAUCCGACCCCGGACGACCAAACAUGAUCCACGAUCCCGCCGAUGAGCGCUUGCACCGCAAGACGCGCAUCCUCUCCACCGUCGCCGCCGUCGUUGUCGCCCUCGCUGCCGGAACCAACUAUGCCUACUCGGCAUGGGCGCCGCAAUUUGCGGACAGACUGCGGCUUACCGCCACCCAAAGCAACUUGAUCGGCGCGGCGGGAAACAUUGGCAUGUAUGCCACCGGUAUUCCGGUUGGAAUGCUGGUUGACAGCAAAGGCCCGCGUCCAGCCGCCUUCCUAGGCGCAGCCCUCUUGUUCUUGGGCUAUUUUCCCCUCCAGAAAGCGUACGACAACGGGCCAGGCUACAUGAGUGUGACGACAAUGUCAUUCCUGUCCUUUUUGACCGGCGUCGGUAGCUCUUCCUCCUCGGGAGCAGGUCUCAAGACUGCGGCUCUCAGCUGGCCUCAUCACCGCGGGACUGCCACUGCUUUCCCGCUGUCCGCCUUUGGGCUCAGCGCCUUCUUUUUCACCGGCAUCUCUCGUCUCGCAUUCCCAGGAGACACAUCCAGCUUCCUUCUCCUCCUCUCCUUCGCCACUUUCGCCAUGGUUUUUAUUGGUUCCUUUUUCUUGCACAUUGUCCCUGGAUCAACAUCCUAUUCUGCUCUCCCGGUCAGCGAGGCUCGCCCAGAGCAACACCAUCUCCACCGCACGAAGUCGAGGAGUAGUGUUUCCAGCGAUAAAAGCUAUUAUUCAGAUGCAGAGAACGAGGCGCCCGCUGCGCCGAUCAAUGAGGCAUCCGAAUCCUCCUCCCUCAUUUCUGAGCCGGGCGACAUACCAUCGAAACCUACCAGUCAUGAUCAUGGACACGACUCACAUCGACCAGAUAUCUCAGGUGUCCGUCUGAUCCGCACUUUGGAGUGCUGGCAACUCUUCACCGUCCUCGGUCUUUUGACAGGCAUCGGUUUGAUGACAAUCAACAACAUUGGCCACGAUGCGCAAGCUUUAUGGUCUCAUUAUGACGACAGCGUCUCCAAGGGCUUCAUUGGGUCACAACAGCUUGCCCAGGUUUCCAUCAUCUCCAUCGGAUCGUUCCUUGGCCGCCUGGCGUCCGGGAUAGGCUCCGACGCCCUGGUCAAGCAGCUGAACAUGUCACGUUUCUGGUGUCUUGUUGCAUCGGCGCUUAUCUUCACGGCCGCGCAGUUCGCCGCCAUGAAGGUCGAGAACCCCACCCACCUAUGGAUGGUGUCGGGCCUUACUGGAUUGGGCUACGGCGCGCUGUUUGGCGUGUUCCCGUCGAUUGUUGCAGACGCCUUUGGUGUCCACGUCAUGACACAGAACUGGGGAUUCAUGACCUUGUCACCUGUGAUCAGCGGCAAUGUCUUCAAUUUAUGCUACGGCAGUAUCUUUGAUGCUCAUAGCACACCCACGGAUGGAGGCGAUCGCGAUUGUACCGAGGGUCUAUCCUGCUACAGGUCUGCGUACGGCAUCACGUUCGUAUCCAGCAUACUAGGCGUCUGUCUGAUCCUGUGGACCAUGAGCCACGAACGCGCCGUCAAACGCCAAGAAUUGCAGGAACGGAAUUCACACAAUGCAUGA